UAUGAUUUCUGCCAUUUCACACCGAAAGCUAAAGAGUCAGUGUUUUGGAGAUCAGUGGAGGACACUGUAAAUGAGGAUUUUAGAGAAGUGUGUUGACCAUAAUAGGUUUGAUUUUGAUUGUAAUUAUAAUUUACUUUUCAGAAAGUGAGAAAGUGAAAGUAAAUUGUAGAUCAUUGCAGCUUUGACAAGAACAGAAAAUGGAUCCCAAAUCUAUGGAAGAGCUUUCUUGUCCCGUGUGCUGUGAAAUCUUCAAGGAUCCUGUUGUUCUCUCCUGUAGUCACAGUUUCUGUAAAGAGUGUCUUCAACAGUUCUGGAGAACCAAGAAAACUCAGGAGUGUCCCGUCUGCAGAAGAAGAUCCUCAAAAGGCCAGCCUCCAUGUAAUCUAGUGUUAAAAAACUUGUGUGAUUCACUGAGAAAGGAGAGGAACGAGAGGCGUUCAUCAGGAUCUGAGGAGAUCUGCAGUUUACACAGUGAGAAACUCAAACUCUUCUGUCUGGAGGACAAACAGCCGCUGUGUUUAGUGUGCAGAGACUCAGAGAAACAUGUCAGCCACACAAUCAGACCCAUCGGUGAAGUGAUCUCAUCUCACAAGGAGGAAGUGAACACAGCGCUGACAUCUUUACAAAACAAGCUCAAACAUGCCGAAAAAAUGAAAGCAAAGUGUGAUAAAACCGUUGAACACAUCAAGUCUCAAGCUGAGCACACCGAGCGUCAGAUUAAAGAGGAGUUUGAGAAGCUUCAUCAGUUUCUCAGAGAUGAAGAAGAAGCUACAAUCACUGCACUGAGGGAGGAAGAGGAGCAGAAGCAGCAGAUGAUGAAGGAGAAGCUGGAGGAGAUGAACAGACACAUCUCUGCUCUUUCACACACAAUCAAAGACACGGAGGAGAUGAUGAAGGACAGCGAUGCCUGCUUUCUGAAGAACUUCAGCAUGACGAUGGAAAGAGUCCGGAUCUCAUCACAGCCGGAUCCUCAGAUGAGUUCUGGAGCUUUGAUUCAUGUGCCACAUUACUUGAGUAACCUGCGCUUCAGAGUCUGGAGCAAGAUGCAGGAAACUCUCCAACACACUCCAUUGACUCUAGAUCCAAACACAGCAAAUCCUCGUCUCACUCUCUCUUCUGAUUUGACCAGUGUAUCGUACAGUGAUUUAAGUCAAAAUCUUCCUGAUAAUCCAGAGAGGAUUGAGAGGUAUCCAUGUGUUCUGGGAUCUGAGGGCUUUAACUCAGGGACACACUGCUGGGAUGUGGAGGUUGGAGACAAUACAUACUGGAGUGUUGGAAUAACCACAGCAUCAAACCAAAGGAAGGGAGGGGUUUUCUUUAAGUCUAAUGUCUGGCUUGUGUGGUACAUGAACAGUGAAUACAGCUCAAAAUCCCCAGGUAAACCCUCGACUGUCUUCACAGUUAAAGAGAAGCCUCAGCGUGUGAGAGUUCAGCUGGACUGUGACAGAGGAAAGGUGUCCUUCUCUGAUCCUCAAACUAACAUCUGUCUCUGCUCAUUCACAACAACCUUCACAGAGACCGUCUUUCCUUUCCUAUGUAAUUACUGCAAAACUUCUCCUCUGAGGAUCUUACCUGUUAAACUGAUCGUAACAACAGAAAAUCACAGUUAAAUCUCUUUCUGCUUUUAGAUCAAUUAAGGUACAAUAAUUAAUUGUUUUAAUCGUUUUGCAUUUUAUGAUUCAAUAUUUGAUAUUCUGUUUUAGGGAAAAUAAUGGAUAUUAAACACAUAUUUAAAUAUUAAAUUAUAUAUUAAGGUAAAAAAACAAACUAACAAGAAUAUUAAACCUGUCAACAAUAAAUCUGUCUGUAAUGUUCAGUAAACCUGAACGUCUAGAGGAGAUUAUUAUAACUGUUUGAUUACAGGAGUUAAACUCUGCACUAGAUCUCCAGAACUUCAUGUGAAGGCACUCUGUGUGUGUUACAAACUACUACAAUGUGUAAAAUUACAGUAUAUUAAUGAUUGCAUUACUUUCACAGUAAUUUCAUAUUCUAGCUAGUCAUAAAUUAAAUGUUUUUAAUUUGUCACACAUCUGACAUGACUAGAUCAGAAGUUUAAAUAUGAAUAUACAAGGUCCAAGACCCCAAACAAAUGGGAUCUUCAAUCACCAGUAUAGUUUCAUUCGAUGACAGUUGAGCUAUUUGAGUUAUCUACAGUUGUCAGCUGAGCCUAUAUUCAUCAAUAUCACACAAUUGUGCUCAGAAAUUGUGCAUCGGUGAGCUUUGGAUACCAAAACAACUCUCUGGUAAAGAUAUAGAUUAAACAAGAUUUAAUUAAUGGUGUUUGUUUAAUAAUUAUGUCAUACCAUAUACACAAAACUAAUGUUACAUUAUUUAAAACUGAACUUAAAGAUUACAUUAAGGCCUUAAAAGAUCUAAGAAAUAAAAAAAUCAGAACAAUUUAAAGAAUUUAAGAAUCCCAUAUUUCCUCCUUUCUGUUGGUUCCCUUGAUGCUGUUAUGAAUGUAAUUGAUAAUAGUUGAACACAAUGUGAUUCUCUCUCUCGCUCUCUUUAUACAUAGACUGUAUAUGUUAUGUUACUGUUCUUCUUAUGCAAUAAAAAAUCU